AUGUGGAAAGGUAUAUGCCUAAAAGACCCAGAGUUGCGUUCGUUAGCAGGUGACAUACCAGGAAUUCUCCUACGUGAUCGAGCCCCUCUAACAGUGCGUAAAUAUCAGGAUUCCUUCCAACGUUGGCAUACCUGGGCAGAAAGCAAAGAUCUCUGUUCUCUACCCGCAACUGGUCAAGAGAUAGCUCUGUAUGUGGCAUUCCUUUUACGAACAGCUAGGACAAUGUCCACUAUUCAUUCGGCAGUAUAUGCGAUUGCUUGGGCACAUAAGAAGGCGGGAAAGAAAUCCCCAACAGAACACACACUGGUUAAGCAGAUGAUUGAAGCUAGUCGGCGAAUUGUGGGGCUGAAACCUGUGAAUAGGAAACAGCCACUGGAGGCCAAACAUGUGAAAGCUAUCAUUGUUAAGUUUGGUGACGGGAAUCUGGGACAGCUGCAGAUAGCAACAUUAAUCACUUUGGGAUUUAGUGCAUUUCUGAGAUGGGAUGACUUGUCUAAGUUAGAGAGGCAAGACAUUGCAAUGGAAAAUGAUCACAUGAAAAUAUUUCUGGUCAAGCGGAAGAAUGACCAGUACCGGGAAGGAUCUUGGAUUCUUGUUGCCCGCUCAGGCAAAAUAUCAUGUCCAGUUAAGUUGCUUGAGAAAUUUCUAUGA